ACUGCUGGUUUCCAACCCAAUAAGAAUGUAUACAGCACCUUGAUCAAUGUCGCAUUAAAGAAAUUAGAUUACGUCUACUUAAUUGAUAUCUUGCGAGACAUGAAAUGCAGGAAAGUGGCCCCUAAUGAAGUCGUGAUACGCCAGCUGGAAUUUGCAGCCCGGUAUCCACCAAACUUUGACAAAUACCAGAGAAAAAAAUGUGUUCUUAGAGAAGAUUGAUGGCUUCCGUGGUUACUACAACCGUUGGCUGGAAUGGAUGGAUGCAGAAGAAACUGAACACACUUGGAAGAAGUAUCGGACCAAACCAGAAAAUGACUAA